AUGGUCAAGUGGCAAAGAACCCACAACGGCCAAAAACUGCCCAAAGCCGAGUUUUCGAGGAUAGUUGGAAAAGUGUGGGAAGCCUUAAACCCCGACAUUAUAAAAAAUGGAUUUGCAAAAAGUGGGAUUUACCCAUUUAGCAGGGAUGCAGUUCCGGAACAUAAAUUAGACCCCGACGCUGUAAAGAGGUGGAAAAAGAUGGUGGCUAAAAAACAAGUAUCUCCUCAAAACUCUCCGAUGACAUUAACUAAAUUAUGCCUUAACAAAAUCAACUUUUCAUUGAACUUAAACACAAUUCCAACCAAAACUUCAACAAGCAACAUUAACUCUAAAACCACUGAAAUAAUAUCGUUUGAAGAUUUAUUUCUGGAAACUAUAAAACAAGUUCCGACUACUGGUGUCAAAAAAAAACUAGUGAAGAUUUCUGGAAGCGCUGAAGUAAUAACUCAUGAGGAUGUUAUAGCAAGACUGAAAAAAAAGGACGAUAACAAGGAAAAAGAAAUGGAAGAAAAACGAAAAAUGAGAGAAAACAAGAAAAAAUCAAAAUUAAAGGAACAAACUAAAAAACAAAAUAAAGAAAAGAAAAAUGAUAUGAAGAGCAAACUCAAAGAGCCUACGGAAAGUACAAAUACGAAUUUAGCCAACCCUAACACAAAUGAAAUUGCAGUUCCAAGAUCGUCCAAUACAGAUGAGGACUUCAAAACGUAUAUUGAAAUGUACUUAAAAGAUAAAGAUUCAGAGGAAGAAAUAGAAAAUAUGUCAUUUGGAUUUACCGACAUCCAGUAUUAUGAAGAAAAAUCCCACAAAUUUACAGAACAGGACUGGGUACUGGUUAAAUUUUCGGCAAAAAAAAGCCUGAAGCACUAUGUGGGGCAGAUUGUCAAAAUAAAUAACGACAUUCCUACCGUAAAAUAUUUAAGAAAAACACAAACUAAACAGGGAUUACUGCAUUUUGUAUACCCCAAUGUUGACGAUAUAUGUGAAUUGCUGCAUGUUGAAGAUAUUAUUUCAAUUUUGCCAAAGCCUACAGUUUCACGUCGGGGCCAAAUAUCAUUCAAUGUUGAUUUUGGUAGCUUCAAUAUACAGUAA